GCGUGGCCUAUAGAAUGGGCGUGGUUUAAGUGGAGGGGGCGGAGUCGACACGCUGAGGGUCACGUGGUGCAGACAGGCUUUGGACACCUGCACGAGAUGGCGGCUAAGUCGGUUGCUCUGGCCGAGCGGAGGCUGCUGGACGUGAAGCUGGGGGAGCUGCCCGCCUGGGUCGGCACCUGCGACCUCACGCCCAAUGGGUUCAUCCGCGGGGUCCGGCGAGGCUAUAACCGCUACAUGAACAAGUACAUCAACGUGCGCCGUGGCGGCCUCGGGGGCGUCACCAUGUUCUUGGUGGGCUACGUUACCCUGAGCUACAUCUUCUCGUUCGACCACGUCAAGCACGAUCGCUGGAGGAAGUACCACUGAGGUUGCUGUGGAGUCGGGGUACCCGGGGUUCACCAAGUCGAGCCCGGGGCCCAUGGGCAGUGCCCGUUUCCGCGUCCAGAUCCCCCGAGGCCCGGGGUCCAAAUCUGAGUGCAAUCGUAUCCUGUUGUGACAGUAACAAUAAAGAUGAGUUACACUUACCCGUGA